AAAGUUAUGACGUCACGCAUUUUUCAGCAUAAGCAAAAUUUACUGACGUUACACACACAGAAAGGCAGAGGGAAUAUCAAACUUUACCUGUUGACAGCAUGGAUAAUUGAAUAUCUCAUUUCUUGUUGAUUUUCAGAAGAUAACUUCCUGCACAAUGAAUACAUUUGUCACUCAUCCAAGUGUAAGAAUAAAAGGCACAGAAAACAACUAUAAUCCUGUCAGAUGUAUGGACCACAGAUGCCAGGAUAGUUCAGUUCACAUGCACUGCCCUUUUUGUGUGAAGAGAGAUUUUUAUCAUGAUCCUGUCAUACUCAAAGCUCAUUUUCGUGUAAAGCAUGUCGAUAAAGGAAUAGAUUUUGCAGGGCUUAAAAUUUUGAGAUGCUGUGACCACUGUGAUAUUGUUGGUAUCAUCAAAGGAGAAAAGAAAUUUAAAGGUGCUCACUGGCACUGCUACAAGUGUAGAAAUGGUUUCAAUAGAAGGGAUGAAGCCAUAAAGCACUACAAAACCCAUUUUAGAAAUCCACAAACCACGUUUCAAAUCCAAAUAGCUCAGGAAAUCAACAAUCCAUGUUCUUACCCAGAUGACUCUAUGGAGCCAAAUGAACUCUCAAUCCAUCCUGUCCUCACACAAGCUGUUAUGUCCACCAGCCUAGCAGACAAUGGCUACAAAUCUCUUCUGAACCCACCAUCAACCCAGGUUAGCCUGACAAAUGGGAAGUCUCCUGAUGGUACUGUACAAGUGUCUGUGGCAGCCAACGAGACUGUAGAUUCCUCCGAAAAUGCUCAAACUCACAUCAUGAUCAUUCAUGAGGACACUGGUGAUAACGAAGAUGGAAAUACAUACACCACCCAGAUCAUCUCCAGUGAGGAUGUAGGUAUUGAGGAAGAGAAAGAACAUGCUGUUCAUCAGAACUCAAACAACCAGAUAGAGGAAAUGCAGCAGAAAUAUGAAAAGUUACAGGAAGACAAACAUCAUAUGGAGGCUCAUCUGAAGUUAUUGAUAGAGAACCUGCAGUCAGAGAUAAAAGACUUGAAAGAAAAGUUGCAUAAAAGUAAGCAGCGAGAACAAGAGCUGAUGGAACAAAUAAGUGUGCCACUAGAUAAAAAUAUAGAAAAUCUUAUGAAGCAGUUAGAAACUCAGCAUAGGGAUCUGUUAUAUCAACAGCUGUUAUGUAUAAAACGGGAAUAUAAGUUACACACCAUUACCUGUCCUGAAGAGUCCACGGUCCCAUUACAACACACGGACAGUGGCACUGAUAAAGCUACUGCAAGUAACACCCAACUGUUUACUGUCAGCCAGACUUUUGACAACUCUACUGAUCAGGAGGAAGAUGAGGCAGAUACUGUGGCGAUUGGUGCUCAAGAAAAUGAUGACUCAAUAAAGUUAGCUGAAAAUUCUGUUGAAUCUGCCAAUGUAGUAUGCAUCAAUUAUAAUUCCCUUCCUAUUGAUUCUGCUGGAAACUUUCAGGUUACUCAUCAUUUAACACCCCAGGAUGAGGAAUGUGGUGGUGGUGAGGUGGGAGUGGAUGGUGCACCCCCUCCCAAACGCUUCAAGCCAGAGUAGACAGUAAUCUGUGCCACACAGAAAAGUCAAUGUCUGUUGUUGUGGAAGUACAGUAGUAACUUUGUGUUUAGAUUUUAAAUCAUUAUUUAUGAAAAAAGGCAAUACAGUAUUGAAGUGUAUAUAUUAGAUCUACCAAAGGUAAUGUACCUACUGUAUUAGCAGGAAUUAAAGGGGGUUUUAUCAUGUUUUCAAAAUCACCUUAGGCAUGUAUGCAGCAGAUAUUGUGAAAUAAUAACUGUUAAAACCAAUAAAACACUUGCAUCAAAGAUAAUUAAUUUAAGAUACGGUAUCCCAUGCAUAUUUUUAAAGGGAUUGCUGUGCACAUUUGUUUGACUUCAUGAGUGCCCAUUGUUCAUACUUAGUAAUGAACAUGUUUUCAUAUUUAUGACUAAAAUAGGGACCUAGAAACUAACAUGGAAGAAUAAUUGUGAUAUUAGUCUUAACUUUUAUGAAUGAGAAAUUUAUUGAUGGUGUUGAUUUUGGCCAAUAAUAACACUCAAAAUAAUUCACUGAAAAAAAUGUUAGGCAGAUAUGAGCUGAUUUAAACUCUUUUGAAAAUGUGAUAAAAACCCCCUUAUUCAAUUCAAUUCCCUAUAAGUAAAAGUCAUGUAUUAUCUUUCAUGGUUCAGCUACAGAAUUAAAUGUUUAAAAAAAUUCUUGCCACAUACUGCUACAAUAAGUAUUAAACUCCUUGAACAUCAUGCACCUUUAUAACUGGAAAAUACGUGUAUUGUAUAUGGAUUCAGCAAUGUGUAGGCAAUAUGUUUAAUUGCAGUUAGCCGGAUAAAGUUUAGCAGCAGCAGCAGCAGCAGAGUUCAGAUGUUGUUUGUUGAAAGAAUUGAUUGUGUAUUAUGAAUGUAUGAAUUAAUAAAAUGAAAUCA